CCGAGUCUUCCUCUUCCUAAGCCACAGUGGAUCAAACGAAUGGCAACAUAUGAUUAUCAUUGAUUCUGCAUGCACAUCUCGCGGCCCGGUCACUGAUUUUACAUCCCACAUGCGUCCUGGACGUGGCCUACCGCCUCCAGCGCGCACCCAAUCGACAGGCUCCAGCCGCUGCCCGCAUGUCUGGUUCGUGUCCAUCAGUACAAGCACACUAAUGCCAGAAAAAGAGACAGGAAUCAGAGAGGCGACGUACCCGAAGUUGUGGAUCAGACGCCCGUUGCGCUCGAGGCACACCUCCGCACGUCCAGGGCGCGUGCCCUGCGCGAGCGGAUACCCCGAGUUCAUCUCCCCGUUGUGGAUCCCGUUCAGGUCGUGCGCCCCGCGCAUGAAGUGGUUGCAGCGCUCGCGGAGGUUGAUGAUCUCCUCGUGCUCGACCUCGUAGUGCUCCUCCUUGCUGUCCUUGGGGAGCGGUUUCGCAAAGCCGCCGAGGAUUGCAGUGUUGUCGUUGCGCGGGACGAUGAAGAUAAAUCUGCGGAGAUGGUGCAUGUCAGGGAUGCGGUGGACGUAGUAGUAAGGACGCACCUGGUCUCUUUACGAGGGUCGGGCUCGGUGGCGCUAACGACAAGCGCUUCUUGCAGCUGGUGGAACUUUUUCCCGUCGUUAUCGAGCCGGAUAACCGCCCCCCGGAGCCCGUACACCUCCUUGUCCCCGACAGAGUUCUUCGAGCCGAGCCCCGUCGCAUUGACCACCGCGUCGACAUCGUACUGCGCACACAGGUGUUUGCCAUCCGCGAACGCCUUCCCGUCCUGCGAGGGCCCGAGCGUCAUCGGCUUUCCAUCGACGAGCGGGAGGAACGAGAUGGGCUGGUCGAGGUGGAUGAUCUCGGCGCCCUUGAUGCGGACGAGCUUGAGCAUCGACAUCAGCGCGGAGUCGGUGUCGAUUACUGGCGACGACAGCGCAUACGCGUCGACGUACUCCUUCGGGACGUCGAACUCGCGCAGGAGCUCGUUGCGCCCCGUGUGGUCCGCCGGAGGGUGCUCGAAGCCGAUCACGCCUGACGCGCGGAUGUUCGCGCGCUUCUCGACUUGGGCGGGGACUGAGAGCACGGGCUCCUUGAAGAAAAAGACCGUGCGGCGCAUCUUGACCCCGAACUGUUUCGCAUCCACUGGGUCCUGCGACAUAUUGUGGUAGAAGUGAUAGCUGAUCAUCGAGCGGCGCGCGUCGUCCGAGUUGGCGCUCCCCCCGCCGUGGUGGCCGCACACCGCGGGCGGGUACUCCCACCUGUGGCGGGCGCGUGAAGAGGGUUUAGAGACGAAGGAUGGCGCGGACUCACAGAGCGCCCGAGAUAUGGGACGUGAUGCGCUUGGCGUCGCGCGAGGGAAAGUCGAGAGCGGCGAUCUUGACUUUGAAGCCGCGGUCGAGGAGUGCCCAAGCAGUGCUGAGGCCGGCCACACCCGCACCGACGACGAGGAUGGUCUUCGCGUUGGCGGAGGGCUUGAUCAGCGGUUGAGUCGCGGUGGACAGCAAUUCGUUUACGACAGGGCGUUCUGGAAGGAAAAAGCUGUUAGAGCUGAUUCGUCGGAUGGAGAGGGAAUGAGCAUUGAUGCUCAGUUUCACCCCAGCCUUUAUUUCGCUCAUUGACACCGGUGUCGAGAAUGCCCGAGGUCAGGCGAUAGAAGAUCGCCGGUGGAGCAUCUCGGUGCCAGUUCUCAGUGCUCAGAAGAGAGAAGGGCCAUUGGAAUUUGAAACACGUCUAGCCGAGGGGAACAAUGUCAUAUUUUGCAACUGUGCUUGCAAUCUCCUUCAGUUUCCUUGAGCGAGCGUCCUCAGGCGAUAGCGACUGCUUCUUGCUUGGCUCGCAACCCGAGUCUCAGUACAAAAAUCCUCCUAAAAACACUUGGAGAGAUUCUCAGUGGGAACUCUGAAACAACCAAUUAGAACAUCAUAUUGAUGCGACGACAGCGACCGCGAGUGCUCUGUCCCGCCCAUCCCGGCUUCUACUCGCAGCCUUCUCUUGCUAAUUGGAUCCCCGCUGGUCAGCUGCACAAACUCGAUAUUUCUUCUAUCCGCCUGAAUCGCAAGCACGAAGUGCCCUCCGGACCGAUGUGCCAUUAAUGAGGAAUCGAGAACGGUAGCCCUUUA